UUGCAGCUUGGAGGGCCUAAUUGGAACGUAAAACUUGGAAGAAGAGAUGCAAGAACAGCUAGCCGGUCUGCUGCAAACAAUGGCAUCCCCCCUCCAACUUCAAAUCUUAAUGCUCUUACUUCAAGAUUCGGUGCUCUUGGACUUUCCACCAAGGACCUCGUUGCUCUAUCUGGUUCUCAUACAAUUGGACAAGCAAGAUGCACCAGCUUUAGGGCUCGCAUAUACAAUGAAACGAACUUGGAUGCUUCGUUUGCACGUACUAGGCAAGGAAACUGUCCAAGAGCCAGUGGUUCCGGGGACAACAAUUUGGCACCUUUGGAUCUCCAGACUCCAACCAAUUUUGACAACAAUUAUUUCAAGAACGUUGUGAAUCAGAGGGGACUCCUCCACUCCGAUCAACAGCUUUUUUUAAGCGGUGGAUCCACCAAUUCAUUCGUCUCAACAUAUGCCAACAAUCCACAAACCUUCAACUCUGAUUUUGUCUCCGCCAUGAUCAAAAUGGGGGAUAUUAGUCCACUCACGGGAUCAAAGGGAGAGAUAAGGAAGAACUGCAGAAGGAUUAAUUAAUGAGAGAGAAUUCAGUUUUGUCUUUGGCUCGAAAAAUUGUGCUAUUCUAAGAUAUUACAAAAGUUUUUGUUUGAGUUGGGCCCUCGGGUGCAUUUUUAGUUAGCUCUAGAUUCUUAUUUUUAUGUGAAGAUGUGUGACCAUUUCAGUAGAGUGCUUUUGUAUUAAGUUCGUGAAUGAACUUCAUCCUUUGAUGUUUUGAAUAAAAGACACAAUUAUAUUUUCUCA